AAGUGAAACUUAUUGCAGGAGGAGAGGAGAGACACGUAGCUCGUCGUCUGGUCAUCUGGUCGGAACAUUUCACUCUUCGCUGAUUUCUCUUCUAAGAACAUGGACAUGCCAAACACAUGGAGGAUUGUCCUUCUGGGAAAAACCAGAGUUGGAAAGAGCAGCCUCGCCAACACCAUAUUUGAAGAGGCCAAGUUCAAAAUAAACAAUUUGAGCGACUCGGAAAAUCAUUCCACUACAACCGAAACAAAAUCUGUCUAUGGAAGUAGCAUCACUUUUAUUGACACUCCUGGUUUCUUUGACCCGAGCAGGUCUGAGGAGGAGAUGAAGGUUGAGAUGGGGAGGUGCACCACAGGGUGCGCUCCUGGGCCUCAUGCCUUUCUCAUUGUGCUCAAAGUGGAGAAAUACACAGAGCACAAUAAGGAAGUCAUCUCAAAAGUGUGUGAAUACUUCCCUGAAGAUGCCCUGAAAUACGCCGUGAUCGUCUUCACUCACGGCGACCAGCUGCCAGAGGGAACGACGCUGGAGCAGUACGUGAAGGAAAGUGGGGAUCUGGGUGACCUGGUGAAGACGUGCGGGGGGCGACACCACGUCGUCGAUAAUAAAUACUGGAAGAGCCACAUAGCGGACGACAGAAGUAACCAGGUUCAUGUGGCGGCGCUGAUCAGCACCAUCGACACGCUAGUUAAAGAAAACAAGGGAGGAUUCUACACAGAGAAAAAGCUCCAAGAAGUCAGGGAACAGAUUCCGGUCAUUAAACUACCAUCUGGAACCAUGUCCCAGGAAGUGGACAGACCAUCUGGAACCAUGUCCCAGGAAGUGGACAUACCACCUGGAACCAUGUCCCAGGAAGUGGACAGACCAUCUGGAACCAUGUCCCAGGAAGUGGACAGACCAUCUGGAACACAGGAAGUGCCAAACACAUGGAGGAUUGUCCUUCUGGGAAAAACCAGAGUUGGAAAGAGCAGCCUCGCCAACACCAUAUUUGGAGAGGCCAAGUUCAAAAUAAACAAUUUGAGCGACUCGGAAAAUCAUUCCACUACAACCGAAACAAAAUCUGUCGAUGGAAAAAGCAUCACUUUUAUUGACACUCCUGGUUUCUUUGACCCGAGCAGGUCUGAGGAGGAGAUGAAGGUUGAGAUGGGGAGGUGCACCACAGGGUGCGCUCCUGGGCCUCAUGCCUUUCUCAUUGUGCUCAAAGUGGAGAAAUACACAGAGCACAAUAAGGAAGUCGUCUCAAAAGUGUGUGAAUACUUCCCUGAAGAUGCCCUGAAAUACGCCGUGAUCGUCUUCACUCACGGCGACCAGCUGCCAGAGGGAACGACGCUGGAGCAGUACGUGAAGGAAAGUGGGGAUCUGGGUGACCUGGUGAAGACGUGUGGGGGGCGACACCACGUCGUUGAUAAUAAAUACUGGAAGAGCCACAUAGCGGACGACAGAAGUAACCAGGUUCAUGUGGCGGCGCUGAUCAGCACCAUCGACAAGCUAGUGAAAGAAAACAAGGGAGGAUUCUACAUAGAGAAAAAGCUCCAAGAAGUCAGGGAACAGAUUGAGAAAGAGGACAAGGUCCUUUUGUCAGAGUAUGUGAUGGUAGAAUCUGAAAACAUGUCAGAGGAUGGGGUCGUAGCAUCAGGAAACAUGUCAGGGGAAGAGGAUGGGAAGCAGGCGACAAGCAACGUCUUUGAGAAGCCGGUAGACAUGGAAAUGUGAAGGAGAGGCUUUGUGAGGUUUGCAGUCAUAGCUGGAUUAUUUGCGAUUGUCUCAACUGUGUUGAUUAUUAAUUCAAGAUUAGGGCAGGUUUUAAAAGAAAGCACUCAUAUUUAAGGAAGAAUGAAAAGCGAACUGGCAGAAGUGGAGGUAGAACAAGCUGCUCUCCACCAGCCAGGACAAUGAGAGCGGUGGCUGAGGUAUUAAUCACACAUUUAUUCAUUAUUAUAACACUUUCUUUUCUUCUUCUUUUUAAUCUGUCUCUUGUGAGACCACCAACUUCAUGGAAGUGACAUAGUAAAUGAUGAGCAUACCCUUUGAUGGUGAUAAUAUUCUACUUUCUAAUUGCCAUUUGUUAGUAUGAGGCCAUUAGUCACGCAUGUAUUACGUAACAUUAAACAGCUGAUCGAUCUCAUGUCUUUUCAGUUAUUUUUUUCAUGUAACCAUUUAAUUUAGUUUGAUAUAAGGCCGACUAUACUUUUUUAUUGUCAAUCAAUUCCAUUAUUAAAAUGUUUAAAAUAUAAUAAUUGAUGUUAGCAUGAUUGUAUUUGUAGUUUGUGUGUGUGCUGCCUAUACAUCUACAAAUCAAAGGAGGAAACCUGGUUGUGUCUUAUUACCUUUUGUCAGAGACUUCCAACGUUAAUGUUUAUUCUGAAUUGAAACUUAAUUUGAAGUUGAUUCCCAAAAUGUUUUACCUGAACAAUUUACCAGAAAUAAUUACUCUGUAUUAAUUUGUAGUCUAUUAACUCGAUCACCUGACUAUGAAUAUAACAAAUAAAGACGUGUGUACUGUG